AUGUCGGACGCUGCAGUGCUCCAGCCGGCCCCCCUGGCCCCCUCUGCGGGGGAGGGCCUGUGCGCCUCGGGCGCUGCUGCUGCAGCAGGCACUGCAGCAGCAGCAGCAGCAGCAGCAGGCUGCUGCCCGGCGUGCCCGCAGCACGGCGUGCUGCUGUCGCAGCAGCAGCUGGAGGCCUCCGCAGCAGCAAACGCCAGCAGCAAACUGGUGGUCUACAAGGGCCUCGUCCUCGACGUCCAGGGCUUCAUGCAUCCCGGAGGAAAUGAUUUGCUGCAGCCUUUUUUCGGCAAAGACCUCACGGAGGCCUUCGAGGAAGUUGGCCACAGCAGCAGAGCGCUGCAGCAGCUGCGGGGGUUGGCUGUGGGCAUUUUGGAGCAGCAGCGGGAGCUCUACGAGGCCUGGGCGGGCUCUGCGUGCCUCUGCAGCAGCAGCAGCAGCAGCAGCAGCAAGGCCAGCAGCAAGAAGAAGCCCGCCAAGCCUGCUGCUGCUGCUGCUGCAGCAGCAGCAGCACACGACUCCACCACGGACAACGAGUCCGAGACCUCCCUGGGCAGCGACGGCAGCAGCAAACCCGCGGGGGGCCCCCAGGGGGGCCCCCAUGGGGGCCCCCAGGGGGGCCCCCCUAACCUCGAGACUUUAAUAGACUUUUCUAAACCCUUAGUGCCUCAAAUAUACUACAUGAGACAUGACCUUUACAAGUACUGUUCCCAAACUCCCCAGUGCACUGACAAGGUCUACACUUUGCUGCCUUGGCCCAAGCUGGAGCCGCUGACGAAGACGCGGUGGUGGCAGGUGCUGCUGCUGUGGGGCCCCGUGUGCUGCUACUUGGCCUGCUGCUCCUUCCAGGCCCACCCCUGGCCUUGGAGUCUCGGAAUGCUUUUUUUUGGAUUUUUUAUUUGGACUUUUGUUGAGUAUUGUUUGCAUCGUUUUUUGUUUCAUUUUCCCGAAGACAAACUCCCGGACAGCGGCGCAGUCCGCGUGCUGCACUUCCUGCUGCACUCCGUCCACCACAUGCUCCCCAUGGACCCUCUCCGGCUGGUGAUGCCUCCGGUGCUGCUGCUGCUGCUGUCUCUGCCGGUGUUCUUUUUGUUUUCUGCAAUAUUCCCGCAGUGGUUUGUGUGGGGCGCCUGGCCGGGGGGCCUCUGCGGCUAUUUGUGUUAUGAUUUACUUCACUACCAAACCCACCACUGCAGCUUGGCGGACAAAGUGCCUUACAUAAACACUUUGAGGGUUUACCACAUGAAACACCACUUCAAAUACCCUGAUUUAGGGUUUGGGGUCACCAGCAAGUUCUGGGACAUCGUCUUCGGCACCCCCAUCGAAGACGGCAAAAAAAACGCCAAGUGA